CUUAAAUUUCGGAAAGUUUGGAUAGAGAUUGUGCCACGUUCUUCCGAUCUACAUCGCAAUAAAAAGACAGAAAAGGGCCUCUACACACCAUGGACAUUCUUGAAGACUGUCUAGAUGAAGUUGCGCUCGAAGGACUUGAUGGUAAGUCCGACCUUGGAGAGAAGGGUUCCUGUGCCACCUACAAGGACAGGAGAAAUAUUACAGACGAGAUUCGAACUGAGGACAGAGAACUACGAUGUACCUUGGCUGAUGCAGUAGAGAGGUGGAACAGCAGGUUGGUGCUGGUAGCGUCCCAGCCCCGUCGAGAGCGUUCCCUGUUCCACGAGGGUGUGUUACCUGACGUGGAGGUGACAGACAUCCAGUACUGCAUUCUGGAGAGGCUGGGCAGGGCCAGACACCAGGGGGAGGUACAGCAGGACAUCAAGAUUGCGUUUGGGGCGGACCCCAAGUACCUGUUCCAUGUCAGGAAGGGGCUGCUGCAGUACGACCUUAUCACUAGACAGGCUUACUCCUACACCACCCCCGGCGGCGCCCGGCCGCGGAACUCGGUGCUGCUGCUGCUGAAACGCUUCCACGCGACGCGCCGCAGCAGGAACGGGGUUAUGAUGGACCAACUCAUCCAGCUGUUAGAGAACAGGCCGGACAAGAUGGCUGUCCUCACAGACCUCAGGGAGGAGAUGGACUUGUCGAUGAACGCCUUUAAGAAAAUUUACCAGGCCCUAGAGAUUCAGGGGAAGGUGAAGGGACUCCUGGUGCCCACCAAAGACAUCUACCCUGAUCCAAACGACCCCAGGAUACUGAGCAACAACAGAGUUAGGAAAGUCAUCCGCUGUCUCAAACUGGUCCAUACAGUGGAGGAAGAUGAGGAAGGGGGUGAGGAAGAUAUUGACGACCCGGAGCAGACAAUUCCCCCGUACCCUGUGGUGUUUGAGCGACCGUUCCUGAACCAGGCGUAUGACUUCAUGUACAGCAGAGGACCCCUGGGGAUCACUCAACAUGACUUACGUGUGGCGAUGAGACUAGGCAGGUACGAGGCACGCGGCUUGUGUCGCAGCAUGCAGUGGUCAGGCAUCGCCGUGGAGAUCAUGGAGGACAGGGGCAAGGUCAGGAUGUCAAGAUAUGUAGCCAAGAGCCUGCUGGACCAGAAUCAACUCCAGAAACAGUUGGAGGUGGAACAGUUGAAGAACAACCGACUCACAAAAAGGGGCAACAAACAAGGGGACAAAACAGCAGCUACAGUGAGUACCACCCCUGCCACCACUGCUGAUGUGUCUGUACCAUCCCCUACUACAAGUUCCAGUACAGACAAGACUACAGACACCACUGAGGAGGGGAAACCUGCCAAUAUAGCUGCUAGUCAAGAUGUUACUCCAAAAAGGAGUUAUCAAAAAAUCCAGACUUAUCGUAGGCUCAGACGCACCAACAUCAUCCUGGAGGUUCUGAAAGCGACAAAAGUUGUCCAUGGAGCUUUUCCAUUUGUAAAGGCCAUCCGAGCAUCCGAAGAAAAAGAAGAAGACUUUUGUGGUGUGCUGGACAAGAAGAGUGUCAUGAGACUUCUUCACGAAAUGAUCUCUGGUGGACAAGUGAAAGUUAUCAAGACAAUCGUCAUCCAAGAUGGCAUGGAAAAACCGGUGGUGUUCUAUGUAGAGCCCAAUGUCUCCCCCACUGACGGGAUGGUGAGGAGUGCCAUCGAACAGAUCAAAUUCAAGAUGGUCCGAGGGAAGCUCCCGCCAGAAAAGAAGGAGAAGGAGAACCUGCCGAAGCCAUCUAUAGCAUUAGAGUCAGACUUACAGAAGAUAGAAGAUGACAUAACAUACAAACCUAUCUCGCAACAUGCUGGUGUGUACAACUUCCAGCCCAAACUUGCUCGCCUGAAGCUGGCGCACCAGUUCCUGUGGUACUUAGCCAACGUUCACACAGGUCCCUCUCAGUCAGACUCUAGUGCUAUAGUCAUGCAGUCUCAGGACAAAACAUCAACAACAACAAAAACAACAUCAACAUCAGCGCAGGCUCAAGCCCAGGUUACUGCAGAUGUUGAUAAGAAGACAGAGGUUGGGGCAGUUCCACAGAUCAACACGACUGAUGACCAGGAAGAUGUGGUACCAAAGGAAGGGAUAACAGAAUCAAGGGAUGAUCCUUCAAAAGAUGUCAACCCCAAACCUGACAGUCCCCCCACACAUGUACAGCACCCCGUGUACAUGGAUGAGCUGUCCUGGUAGCGGUACAUCCCCUCUGUCCCUGUACACGGGAACUACGGGCCGGGCUGGGUGCUGGUCAGUGAUGCUCUCUGUGUCGUCCCACUCAGUCUGUUCUGUCAGAUCAUCAAGGUACCAUGUGAGGUGGAUAAUAUGAAGGACUAUUUAGAUGACCCAGAGAAGAAGUACACACUUGUCAGACACCUUCCCAACAGGAUGAGGCAUCAGCUACUACACAAGAGGAAGUACCUGUACUCCUUCCAUGAGUUAGUGGAGCGGCUGUCUGCUAUGGGGCUGGUGAAGAUCGGGCCUCGUGGACACAAGGAAAAGGAUCAGCUGUUCAUAUACCUGAACAAGAAUGCGAGUAUCGUGGACACCACCACGUCCAGCCCUGGUUACUUCAUCGUGAGAAGUGAUAAGGAGUUUGUACUGAGGAGAUACAAGUUCACGUCAGAGAGGGAGGUGGAGUCCUACUGGUGUGCUCUGGAGUGUAUCUGUCUCAACACUCCAUUGGGUGCCAUCCGGCUGAGAGAGCCGUCUGCACCGCGGGGUCACACCGGGUUAGAGACGUGGGUGUCCCGUGCUAAACUCCUGCAGUUCGCAAACCCAGAGGAGGAGAUUGUAGAUGACGGACACAUCCCCGGGGACGGGAAGGGGGCAGGAGGGCUGGACUCGGUCUUCUUCAGUCACUUGAAGAGAAACUGGAAGCUGCCCCCAAUGACCCACGGCCGAGAGUACCCCGGCCAGCCAGCCGACCGGUCAUCAGCCUCGGGACUUAGCCUGUACCCAGGAGGGGUCAGUCCCAGGAAACCCAAGAGACUGCCCAAACAGGUCUACAUCAUCAAGAUGCCCUUCAAAAGUCCAGAGAAAAAGACCCAGUCGUCAAGUGCAGAAGAGAGCUCACCUAGAAAAGCCAAACAGCAAUUGGUCAAGGUGACAAAAGUCCAGGAUUCCACCAAAGAUAGAAACAAGAAGGUCAAGGGAGGCAGGGGACAGAAAAGGAAGAGGGAGAAGAAACAGGAAGCACCCAAGCCAUCUAAAGCUAGGAAGAGAAAGGCCUCCUUGUCUUCAGAUGGCCCACCAAGGAAGAAAGACCACAAGAAAGAGAAGUACCACGACACCCGAGACAAGGCAGCCCUGAGCAGGAUGAAGAGACAGAGAGUGUCCUGGACUCCACAGGAGGAUAGCUUGAUUCUGCGGUGCAGAGUGGCCUCAGCACUUCUGAACAAGAAGGUGCAACAAUCGUUUGUACCCUGGAUGGUGGUGAGAGACCUUCUACAUGAUACCUUUCAGGCCUCUGAGGACAAGACAACUUUUGCUGUUGCCCGCCGGUCGACUUACAUCAUGAAGAACUCACAGACAGCCUUGAACUUCAAAAUCUGCCUGGCAGAGGUGCAUCAGGACAAGGAGUUCAUGUCCUGGAUCAGUUCUAUGAAGGAAGACUACACAGACCCAAAGGUGUGUGAAGAGGAGUACAGGAUUGUGGUGGGCAGGCUACAGGAGAAGUUCAGGGCCAUGCCUGGAACAAUGGAGGAGUUACCAGACACCAUGGAGGAGCUCCUGUCCAAGUACCAGAUCAUGACAGUCAGCCACCAUCCUCACAACCUCCCACCCAAAACUGUCAGCUGUAUAGAGGACAUUCACCUGCAAGUACUCCGCAACUUCAUCUGGAACUGCCUGGGUGCAUCGGAAAGUGACAAGACCAGGUUUGCCUUCCUGGCCUACAAGCUGUUCAACAAGUAUCCCAACACUGUUCUGGAGAGGGCCUUUCUGUCCAUGAAGAAACAAGGACUGGUCAACCAGAGCAAAGGGAUUGCACCUAAGUCCAAGGUCCGUGCUGUUCCCAUGGCUGCAAUAGGGUAUAAGCUGUCAGCAAUAGCGGAGCGCCCGUUCCAGCAGGCCAUCCCCAGCAGUGUGUUUCCUGAGGCACACCAGCUGCUCACCAGACUCAAGCAGGACAGAGCCAGGGGGGCUGAGGACCAGGGGGCGCAGGGGGAGGGGGGUGAGCAGCAGGGGGUGGAGUUCCCCAGCGAGGGGGCGGGGGGACAGACCGCCUGUGUCUUCUCACUCCUUGCAACAAAUCAGCUGUCGUACACAGUGGACAUCCCAGAGAACAUUGUGGUGAUUGACAGCUCCAUGGAAACCCCUGCGAAGGAAGCCAGGAAGAACACCAACAAGGAAGGAUCGGAUUCCGAAGGGGACACGGAAAAUUCCAACACAGGUGCUGUAAGUCUCCCUCUUGCAACUCGGUCGUCGCGGACCAAGGUCCUAGCGGCUCGGAGCGGUACUGCACCUGCGAUUCUCAGCCUGCGCAACCUGGAACCAACGGACAACAUCGUCAUUAACUCCUGUACCAUCAACAUGAGGCUGCCGCGCAGACUGUUCCACAGGGAGGAGCACAGAAACACUCACAAUGAAGACCAUCUCCAAGACAGCAGCCCUGCUCCCAUGUCCCUGCCCAACUUCCUUCUGACCGACCCUUCAGCGAGUGGCCAGGACCCUGCCAACAACGCGCUGCCCUGGCCAGAGUUUGUCUCCCUCUGCAGACAGGACUUCCAGUACUCAGAGCCGGAUGUACAGAGGCUCAGGGACAUCUACGACUACAUCGAGUCUGGAGAGGGACUGGGGGUUCGCCUCCUAGACGUACAGUCCAUGUUUCAGAAUGCAGUGCAAGAAGGUUCCAAGCUCCGUACAGAUGACCAUAUCCAUAUGCUGCUCAGAUUUGAAAUGUGCAUAGAAGUUGGGAUCCACGAGCCGCGACUGGUGACCGCCGAGCAUUGUGGGCCGUGGUUCAUGCACUCGUCACGGUUGGCAACCAUGGCAACCAGCCCGCAGACGGACGCGACGUCGCGACCGGGAACCUCGAGGGACGUGGUGGACACAGUUCUGCAUGUUACACACACACCGCAGUCAGCUAGAGCAACAUCACAUACUGGGGAGCCUUCUGAAGGAGACGGACAGAGAAAACCAGACCAACCACCGCAAGAAGACUCCACCAACAAGUCCCUUCCAGACACUGAAGAUGCAGAUAUGACCAAGGAUGCAGACGUCUCGCCUGCUGAGAAAGAUGGCAAAGAAGGAAGUACAGAAGAAAGGAAGUUAAGACCCCGUGUGGCCAAGACACCGACUCCAGGGAGGAGGAGGGACAGAUCAGAUUCAGAACUACACGUCCAGAUGCAGGCAUCCAAAUAUGGUGUGUACGAGCCUGUAGCGUUCCUGAGCCGGCCGUGGCGUGCUGUGGACGGGUCCGUGAACGGGAGAGUACUGCAGAACAUGCUGCAGGGCCUGCUGCUGCUGAUCCUGCAGAAACCUGGGAUCUCGCAGGCUGCGGUGCUGCGGCAGAUCCACACUGUCAUGCCUGGGAUGGCGGCACUGCAGCUACUGCAGAUGCUGGAGUCCAUGGGCUGUAUCACUGCCAGACACAUCAGGACGGCUCCCAAGGCCAAGCUCUUCUCAGAACCCGUCUCACUGGUAGAAGGCAUAGGAGACAAGGCUGAGGUUUACUAUGAGCCUACAGCUGACGCCAUCCUCAGGCUGAUCGAGAGCAUCCCGCCACAGGACCACGAAUAG